UGUUUCUUUUGGCGAAGGGACUUCAUUUUUCUGUCGGAGGAAGGAGAGAGGAGCUGGGAUCAUGUCGUCGGGAGACUCACUGGAAGGAACUGUUGCCAGAGACAGCCACACCGCAACAGACAGGGCUGCAUGCACGGAGAACCUAACGGAGACAGAUGCCUUUAUCAGAAGCUCUCUAGCUCUGGAUCCUGCAGAGGAGUACAAGAUGACCAACAAGCGACGAGGCCUCGCGCUCAUCUUCAACCAGGAGCGUUUCUUCUGGCGCCUGGGCUUAAACGACCGGCACGGAACUAACGCUGACCGCUACAACCUGGAGAGAAGGCUGAUUGCUCUGGACUUUGACGUGAAAAGUUAUGAUAACUACAAAGAGGAGGAGGUCUUAGAAAUAAUCAAUUCAGCUGCCGGCGCCAAUCACUCAGACGCAGACUGCUUUUUGCUCAUCUUCCUGAGCCACGGUGAGAACAACCACGUUUAUACCUUCGACGGCAAGAUCGCCAUCCAGGACAUCACAGCCAUGUUCAAAGGAGACAAGUGCAAGAGCCUUGUAGGAAAACCAAAGAUCUUUAUACUGCAGGCGUGCCGCGGAGACAAGCACGAUGACCCAGUGACGGCCUUCGAUGCAGUUGACAGUGAAAUAAAGACGAAUGAGGUGGUGGUGGAUGCCAGCGCCGUCUACACCCUCCCUGCUGGAGCUGAUUUCCUCAUGUGCUAUUCUGUGGCUGAAGGCUACUAUUCCCACCGGGAGACCAUCAAUGGAUCCUGGUAUAUCCAGGAUCUCUGUGAGCUGCUUCAGAAGUUCGGGGAUUCCCUCGAAUUCACAGAGCUUCUCACGCUGGUCAACAGAAAAGUGUCAAUGAGGAGCGUUGGGAACUCUAGUGACCGGAACGCCAUCGGGAAGAAGCAAGUACCUUGCUUUGCUUCAAUGCUCACCAAGAAACUAUACUUCAGACCCAAAAAGUAACAGUCUCUGAUCUCAGUCAUUCAAUUAGCUGUUUUUUUUUAUUGUUUCCUGUGCAACAGGUUCUGUUAAAUCCAGAUAUAAAUGAUGUUUUUCCUGUGGUCCACUUCUGUAUGUUGUUGCUGAGCACCAUUAUUGAACGAUGCACUCAACAAUCAGCUAAUUUAAAGGUGUAGAAUUUCCAAUCAAAUCAGUGGUUAUAAAAUAACAGGAAUGUGCAUUUCCCCUGAAGAGGUGAAAUGUGAAGUUUCUCCCGGGCUCAGGCGAUCGCACCUGAAACCUGUUUCCCAAGUUUCACAUUGACAAAUCAGUCUUCAUAUCUGGGUUGAACCAUGACUCAGUUUAUGAAGGGGAUUUUAAAGGUUUGCAUCAACGUGACAGGAGGAUCAAGAUGCUGAUAAUAUCAGAGGUAGAGGCGAUGUGGUUACUGACCAGGUGCCUGUAAAUCAGUGAAUGAUUUGCAGACUUAUCUACUGUACUUUACCGUUUCUUUCGUGUUAAUGUGAACAUGAAACAAGUAGAUAAGAUGAGGUUAUAAUGUAAUCCAAUACAGCAGCCCUGCAGUAUUUACCUCGGCAGAGGAGGUUAUGUUUUCUUCUGAGUUUGUUGUUUAGCAGGAUUAUACAAACACUAAUGAACAGAUUUCCAUUAUAUUGUGCAGGGGCAUGGCGUGACAAAAAGGGAGGAUCUAGUAUUUUUCUCACAGGGCGAGAUGGAGCGUUAGCCUUGGUGUAGGUAUGCUCUCCCUGAGUGCCUUCUAAAGCUGAAUCAGUAUAUUGGAAACUCAUCACAGCUACAUGUGUGCAAUAGAUAUAUUUAACAAGUCUUACCUGCAAACUCAACUUUAAUACUCGGCACAGCUCUGUGUUUUCAGCGUACUGUAGCACAGCCACUCAGAUUAAUGAGUUGGUAAAAGUGUAUGAACUCGAUUAUCCUUUAGCAAAGGCCACAUGUGUAACAUCAUUAAAGUUAAUAUAAUUUUUAAGAAAUCAAAUAUUAAAAAGGAGGGAAAGGAGCCAAGUAAGCAUCUUAUAUAGCAAAUGCUAUAUAUGUUAUAUACGCUGUUAUUUAGUGAUUAAAUUCAGGAUCUGGGCAAAUUUCCACUUGUGCUAUUUCCUGGUGGAAGCCCUGAAUGCAUCUUUACAUAUUUAUAGUAAAUGUAUUUUACCAGAUGAUUUCAUUUUCUACCCUUUGAGAAGCUGUCUGGCCCAAAAUGUCCAGUCUCAGGGUGACUCCAUAUUUAAUUUUAACUUUAUAAAGACAAAAAUGAAGUGAAUGCAAUUUUGCUUGAGGCUUUUUUUUUAUGCCAGAAAUGUGAAAUCAAUGGUUAAUCUCUUGAGAUAUUAAUUCGUGGUCGUCAUGUAUUGUAUCGCUACAUGUUGUAAGAUGUUCCUUCCUGUUAUUUUAUCCAACCACUGUAACACUUAACUGCAAGAUGACCAAGGACCACCUUCUGUGUUAGCGAGUCUCCAUUGCCUUGUUUAAUCCAGUUUCAACCACUGUGGUGCCACAACAAUAUUGUCUUAUUCUCUUUUUGUCUCUGCUGAAAAUGUCAAAUGACAUUUGUUUUUUUUAAGCUGUAAAAUCUGUUUUUUGCGAGGCAGUUGACAUCACAGCACAGCAACCAGGUACCAGUGCUUGAUGAUACGGAUGAUAUUGUUCACAUCAUGGUUUAACUGUCUCUAUAAGCACCAAUGAUCACGUAAACGCAUUAUCCAGGGACAACGUUAACAAGCUGUUUGUCCAAACCCCCGCCACCAAAAAGGGAAUCCAUGUUUGUGCUGUUCUUUGUGUGGCGUAGCAGUUUACAGUACUACGUUUUAAUAUUGCGUAUUUGCACCCAAAACAGCAACAAACGACAAUGUGGAAAACUACCUCAGGGAGAAGGGGUGUCCUGUUCUAAAACACGUACUGUGGACCUAAAACACUUUCAGCUGUGUUGCAUGACCAAUACUCAGGAAAUACAUAACUACCAGCAAACGCUAAUUCUGUAUUUUUGUGGUCUGAAUCUUUUGACUUUUUUUUUUCUUUUUUUACAAUAAAAUCUGUGUGACAUCAA